CUUCGCAGCCGGCUUCGCGGCGCAAGGAGUGACUGAGGGAGCGGGCGGCUGGCGGAGGGACGGCGCCCGCGCGCGCCUCGGGCCCGGGAAGGCAGGCAGCCAGGAGCGCCCGCGCCGCGGCGAGAGGCCGGCUGAGGGGCCGGCCCGGCUGGCAGGAACCAUGACAACUUCAGGAAAAGAGAACUUCCGACUGAAGAGCUAUAAAAACAAGUCUCUGAAUCCUGACGAAAUGCGUCGCCGACGGGAAGAGGAGGGCCUUCAGCUACGGAAGCAGAAACGAGAAGAGCAGUUGUUUAAACGCAGAAAUGUUGCUACAGCUGAUGAAGAAGCCGAGGAAGAAGUUAUGUCCGAUGGCGGGUUCCAUGAAGCCCAAAUGAACAACAUGGAAAUGACUUCUAAUGCAGUGAUCACGUCUGAUAUGACUGAGAUGAUUUUUUCCAAUAGCCCAGAACAGCAGCUUUCAGCUACCCAGAAAUUUCGAAAGCUUCUCUCAAAAGAACCAAAUCCUCCUAUAGAUGAAGUCAUCAGCACACCGGGAGUUGUAGCCCGGUUUGUGGAGUUCCUCAAGCGGAAGGAAAACUGCACUUUACAGUUUGAAGCUGCUUGGGUGCUGACAAACAUUGCCUCUGGAAAUUCUCUCCAGACGCGGAUUGUGAUCCAAGCUGGAGCUGUCCCUAUCUUCAUAGAGCUGCUUAGCUCAGAAUUUGAAGAUGUGCAGGAGCAGGCUGUUUGGGCACUUGGGAAUAUUGCGGGUGACAGCACCAUGUGCAGAGAUUAUGUACUGGACUGCAACAUCUUACCCCCUCUAUUGCAGUUGCUUUCAAAACAGAACCGUCUUACCAUGACUCGGAAUGCUGUGUGGGCACUCUCUAAUCUUUGCAGAGGGAAGAAUCCUCCUCCAGAUUUUGCCAAGGUAUCGCCCUGUCUGAGUGUGCUCUCGUGGCUGCUGUUUGUCAAUGACACUGAUGUUCUUGCAGAUGCAUGCUGGGCACUUUCAUACUUAUCUGAUGGUCCCAAUGAUAAAAUCCAGGCUGUGAUUGACGCGGGAGUGUGUAGGAGACUCGUAGAACUGCUGAUGCAUAAUGACUACAAAGUAGUGUCUCCUGCCUUGCGAGCAGUUGGGAACAUUGUUACAGGAGAUGAUAUCCAGACCCAGGUGAUACUGAAUUGUUCAGCCCUGCAGAGUUUAUUACAUUUGCUAAGCAGUCCUAAAGAAUCGAUUAAAAAGGAAGCAUGUUGGACAAUAUCAAAUAUCACAGCUGGAAACAGAGCCCAGAUCCAGACUGUCAUAGAUGCCAGCAUUUUCCCAGCCCUAAUAAAUAUUUUACAAACUGCUGAGUUUCGGACAAGAAAAGAGGCAGCUUGGGCUAUCACCAAUGCAACCUCCGGUGGCUCUGCCGAGCAGAUCAAGUAUCUGGUAGAGCUUGGCUGUAUCAAACCCCUCUGUGACCUCCUUACAGUGAUGGACUCAAAGAUUGUGCAGGUGGCACUCAAUGGGCUGGAAAACAUCUUGAGGCUUGGCGAGCAAGAAGCUAGGUGUGGUGGCACUGGUAUCAAUCCCUACUGCGCACUCAUUGAGGAAGCCUAUGGCCUGGAUAAGAUUGAGUUCCUGCAGACACAUGAGAACCAAGAAAUCUAUCAGAAAGCCUUUGAUCUCAUUGAGCACUACUUUGGGACGGAGGAGGAAGACAGCAGUAUUGCCCCACAGGUGGAUCUCGGUCAGCAGCAGUACAUCUUCCAGCAGUGCGAGGCUCCCAUGGAAGGUUUCCAGCUCUGAGCUGCCCCCUACUCUGUGUUGCUGUGCCCAGUCAGUCCGGUUGUAGAGCCCAGAGUCACCCACGGAGUGGACCUGUUUUCCAUACACCUGUCUGCGCUCUUUUGCUUGCUUUGCGCACAUGCUUCCUUAAACACAUCUGGAAAACAUUUUUGGCUCUUUGUCAUGGGACACCACUUGGGUCAGGGCUUACCAUGAUUGCCCUGUUCCCCUCUCUCCGGAGCUGGGGCACUUCUCUGAGUGGCAGAAUGUCCAUCUUUCCCAGCAGAGUACACACUUAAAGCGACAUAGUUCCAGUUUCCAAAACCAAGGGUUGGAGUUUCUUGUGUGUAUGUGUGUUGCGGUGUUUUUGCAGUCGAGAUGGAAGCUUUGAGAGACGCUUCUUUCCUGUGCCCUCUCCUGGGUGCCUGCUUCAUUUGAUGGGUUUGAGAAAUAUUUGAUGCUGCCCCAGGACAUUUUGGAUGGUGGCUUUUCUGUCUGUGUGGCAGCCUGGGAUCCUGAUAACGUAGAAAUAGAUCUACGAUAACUUCAUGGAUACUGCAGUGAGAUCUCUCUUCCCUGCGUUUGUAGCCACCAGUGAAUCAGCUGCUCCAAUUACUAGGAAUGCUAAACAAUUAAAAGCUGUUUUCUUGCAAGCUUUGACUCUUCCUGUGUUGCUGGUUUGACUGCAGAGGAUUCAAAGUUGUUCUCGUCAGACUGCCCAAGGAACUGAUCACUGGCUGCUCUUUUUUUCUUCCUGGUGUGAAGAUGCCUUCAAUUGAGUUCGGAUGGAAGAAUUGUUCUGCUCCUUUCCCACAGUGUAAAGCAGCUUUGUGUGUUCAGAAUGACUCGCGUUUCAAAAAUUGUCAUUGAGAACAUGGUUGCAGUUGAGAAAUCCCCCACUGAGUGUUUGCACCUAGCUUGAUCAGACAGGACACUGUAAUUCACCUUUGCUGUGAACUCUUAAUAUGGUAAACGAUGAAUGCAAGAGGAUGAAGAUGGCUCCCCCCCCCCCCAGGUUGCAUCUGCUUUUGUGGACUGUAGCUCUCAAGUUGGGUAAGAAAGGACACCUGAGCAUUACCAGCUUUAUGGUGCACCAUACAGUCCCCUCGAAUGGAAUCUAACCUACCUAAGCAAGGUCUGCAUUUCACAGCUACACUACGUACAUUUACCCUGGAAUUGACCCAUCUAGCCUCUGUGCCUCUGUCUUAGUCCUUAGUACCUCUGAUUUUUAGUGAAACGUCAUCACUGCAGUAACUUCUUGCCACAGCCAACUGCAGCACAGCGCUGUUUCCAUGUAUCUGUAGAAUGGCAAGACAACUGGUACCAAGAUUGCAGCCCUCUGUGUGCUUAGAACAAAGGCACUGGAUGCAGCUGCAGGUCACUUUGAUCUUCUCUCACCCCUAAGGCCAGCUGCUCUUGGUAGCACAAUCUUAAUUUCACAUGAGUAUCAGUCGUAUCAGCAAGGUGGUUCCACUCUUCUGUGAAUGCAUGGAUUCUGUAGAGGCAUUUUACUUUCUCCAGCAUCUUCCUUCAUCAGUUGGACCUUUCAGAACAAAGACUUCUCAUCUUCAAAUACUGUGGGCCCGUAAUCAGUUCUGUUGUCAGAGUUGCUUGAGGGAUUCUCCAUGUAGCAGUUAAUGAAAGAUCAGAAGAACAGCACCCACAGGAAAAUCCACUUCGUUGAAUAGUUAGAAAGUCUAGUCUAAUCAACAUUUUCUGGCCUGACUCUUCCAUUCUUCACUUUCCAUCUGUAUUCUGUUCUUCAGGGUAGAAACUUUUAAGGCCUCCACUUCCGUCCAUUGUCUGUUGUUCAGCAGCCUCCAAGUUACUUUCGUUAGUACCACCUAAUGCUGAAGAGAUACCUUGGAGUGUAAGCCAUCGUUGGUUGACCUCUAAGUGGACUCCAAUUGUUUAUGAUUCUAGAGCUUUGAAAUUAUUGCUGAGCUCAAACAGGGCAGAUUUUUGCAAAACGCCACCCCCAGUGGAUUGGGCGAUGGCAAAGUUUGGUUUGGGCAAGAAGCCAUACUUUCAUUUCUGAUUUUGGCUUUGUGAUGCAGCAAGAUGUAUAGCUAACGUAAUUCUAGAUUGGCUUUGGGGAGGGGAGGCCCUGUUUAAAUGAAGAGAAGGUGUUGAAGUUUCAGAAUGGGGGGGAAAGAAGCAGUGAUGGAUAGAGGAGUAAACACUGCUCAAAAAAAGGUAAGUGGGACAGGGAUUGUUUCACAAAACUUUUUGCUCCAAAACUUUUUGUGGUUGACAGUUUGGAGCAGUCCUAUUUAAAGCAUAGUUGGGUAAUUUUUAAAAAUCUCAAUGUUGCCUUUACAUCCCAUAGAAAAUAACCAUGUUUCUUUCUUGAAGGCUGAUAGAAACACCGAGGAGUAGCAAUCUUGUUUCAGCUUCCAGAUUUUUUUUUUGUGGCUGGAUUUUUUAAAGUGUAAAUUACUGAUGAUGACAUGUCAUUUCUAUAAGAUUUGUUUCAAACCAUGUACUUUAUUGGAUAGUAUAGGGGAGGGGGGAAAGCUACAUAUUUUGUAAGCCAACUUCAGUGAAGUGUGUAUGUGUGUGAUAUUAAAAAAAAUCUCACGUACAUAACCGCUGAUGGUGUGUAUAUGUGUGUGCAUACAUGAGAGUAUAUAUGCACAUACAUACUCCAGUGUGUGCGCUAAUGUGUAUGUAUAUAUGUAUAUUUACACACAUCCUAUAUCAUUCUCACACUGAAAGUUUUUCUCCCAGGCUUGUGAGAACGUGGUGCAUUUGUGUUCCUGCUAGGAAAUAAUGACAAUUCUCUCUUAAAGGGGUGAAUUAAACCAUAAAUACAUUCAAA